AUGGCCGAUCUCGACGCUGAACUUCUUGCGCUCGCUGGGGGUGACUCCUCUGGCGAAGAAGAGAGCAUGCCACCAUCUCCCAAGGAGAAAUCGCCAUCACCCCCUCGAUCUAAAAAACAGUCUCGACACUCCCCAGAACCAGACAUGGCUCGUAAAGGCGUUGCAAAGACCGUCAAGCGCGCCAAGCGCCGCAGGACAUAUUCUGAUGAGGAGGACGACGAUGCUUCAUCGCAGUCACAACAUUCAGAAUCUGCCUCCAUGUCGCAGUCCGAUUCGGAAGCCGGCUUCAGUCCUGGAGCAGACAAGCCAAUCUUCCCUUACGAGAAACUCUAUUACGACGCUGAGGAUAAGGCUCGCAUAGAAGCGAAACCGGAGAUCGAGCGAGAGGAAAUCCUGGCCCAGCGCAGCGAACAGGUGGAACGUCAUGAGCAAGAUCUUACACUUCGUCGUUUGGUAGCUGCCAGAGCCAGGGAGGAAGCCAAACACGCCGCCAAAAACAAGCGCAAAGCUAGUGCAGCUGACUUGGAAGAGACUCAGCGGAAGAGCACCCGUCAACGCACCAAGGUGGGCGGCGGUCGCGCCGGCGAGGCAAGCAGUGCCAUCGAAGCUUACAAGCAACAACGGGCGGAGAAGGUUCUAAGAGAUGAACAGAGGAAGAAGGAUGGACUAACCCGAAGAGCAGCCUCACCUCGAGAUGACUACAGCGAUGCGGAUGCGGAUGGUGAGAGUGAGAACGACUACGAGGACCACAAGUACAAGAAACGAUCGCCAACCCCACCGAAAGAUGAGCCCAUUGCAGAUCUUGCAGAUAUCCAGCGAGCUCGUGUGGGCCGUGACAACUUUGCUCAGGUAUGCUACACCCCAGGAUUUCAGGAGACCAUUACAGACUGCUACGCGCGGGUGUGCCUGGGUCCUGGUCGCACUCCUGGCGUCAACGACUACCGGCUUUGCUUGAUCAAGGGGUUUACCAAGGGUAAGCCAUAUGCGAUGAUCGGUUCCAACGGCAGACCUUUCCCGGUCGAUUUGUACAUCAUUGCUGCACAUGGGAAGGCUGAAAGACCGUGGUCUUUCCUGGAGUGCUCAAUGUCGAAGUUCACCGACGAUGAAUGGCGACGAUACCGGACAACUAUGGCAAACGAUGAUCUCAAACUUCCCACCAAACGUUUUAUCAACUCCAAACUCGAGCAGAUCAACAAGCUGUUGGCACAUCGGUUUACUGAGGCCGAGAUUUCGGAAAAGAUCAAAGCCCAGAACGAACUUAUUGAGAAGAUCACGAGAGCCCAGGAGAAGGAAGACCUUAGGGAGAAGAUCAAUCAUGCUUGGGACGACGGCAACGACGAACUGGCACAGCAGCUCGAACAUCAGCUGGCGAACAUCGUUCCUAUGAAACUGGCAUUCGGCACCAGCUUGUCUCGCGCGGAUAGUGGCUACGUAAACCCGGACCAAGAACGCCUUGCCGAGCUGAACCUACGGAAUCAGAGAUUGAACGCCGAAAACAUCCGCAAGGCUCAGCUUGCAGAAAUGAGGGCAAGAAAGACGAAGAAGCAUUUGGCUCCUGGUGUCGAUGAACUCUUCGAAGGAGGAAGUGACAUCAGUCGGACUGGUACCCCUGUCAACGGCGCUGGGACUCCCAGAGUGGUUGCAGGUAUAUCACGCGCUACGACUCCAAAUCCCAGCAGUCUCUCAAAUGGAGCUACAAAACCCUCGGGUCUCGGGAAUGGCAGUACUGUGCUGAAGCCGGUUGAAAAGAAGAAAGGCAUUCCUGUCAUUCGAAAGGCGGCGAUGGAUGACGAGAUUCUGGCAAACAUGGAUCUGGGUAUCGACAUCGACAUCUGA